AUGGCUUCCCCAGAUAUCUCCUUUGAUAUUCGCCCAGAGUUUAACUCAUUUGAUCAUCUAAGAAGCACGGGAUAUAUUUCAACAGAUAGACCAUGGUUGAAACUAUAUGGAAUAAGAGUUCCACCCGUGUCACCGUUCAACAGUUUGAGCAGUACGCCCGAUCUGGCACUCAUUCACCAGUGCUUACCUGAUGAACUGCUUAUCGAGAUAUUUGGGAGAAUGAGCCCAUAUACUUUAGGGAGGGCUGCUUGUGUCUGCCGCAAGUGGAAAUAUACUACACGCAAUCCUACUUUUUGGCGGAACGCUUGCCUGAAAACCUGGCAGAGGAAUGGAAUAGAGGCAAACUUCAGGAUGGUGCAGUCGUUAUAUGAUUCUUCCUGGAGAAAAAUGUGGGUGCAGAGACCAAGAAUCCGAAUUGAUGGUCUUUAUGUUAGUAGAAACACAUAUAUUCAUACUGGAAUUACAGAAUGGCAGUUCAAGAAAACUGUCAAUGUGGUUUGCUACUACCGUUACUUGAGAUUUUUUCCAACCGGGAAGUUCCUGUACAAGAUUUCCCCACAGAAAGUUAAAGAUGUUGUCAAGUGCAUGCAUCUCCGAGCAUCAAAAGGCGAUAGUGUGUUUAAAGGCGACUAUACACUGUCAGGGGAUGGCCAGAUAGAAAUGGCACUCCUAUAUCCUGGACAUCGGUACACACUUGUUAGGAUGCGCCUUAGGGUUAGAGGCACUACAAUUGGUGCAAAUAACAGGUUGGAUGUCUUAAAGAUCCUAACCACCGGGGUGAAUGGAACCGAACUGGGAAACUGGAAAGGCAACAUACUUGAACUUGUUGAGGACUGGGAGGAGAACGAGACGCACGACCCAGACGUGCCUGCUGUUUCCCACAGCAGGGGUUUGACUCCCUUUGUGUUUGUUCCAUUUGAGGAGACUUGCAUUUUUCAGGCUGAUACUUCAGUGCUAAACCUGCCGGUGGAGAAGAUGGAUUACUUUGUCCCUGGGUGA